AUGCUUACCAAGCCUCUUCUCUUACUGACGCUGGCCAGCGCUGCAACUGCUGUCGCACGCCUCGCUGGCCGAGUUCCAGAGCCUGCAAACACAUCUGUCAACCCCGCUGCAAUUAAAGGAACUAACUGCACAGACAAAACGAAGUAUGCAUACCAAUACUCAAACUCCAUCAAUGCUAAUGCAGUCAGAACCCUCGUAUCACACGAUAUCAAUGUCGCACUUCUCCAGAUAUGUGGAGGGAUAGCGGGGAAGAUUGAACAAUGCGCAGGAGAUCCUACAACUACCACCGGCGCAUCUGGGACAGCGAAGUUUACACUCACUGUUGCCACUGCUGGCCAGGUGAUCAACAUCACGAAAGGGAGAUGGGAGGGAUGUGUUCGGGCUGCAAGGGCUGUUUGUGGAGAUACGCCGUUUACUACGACGUGUAUUGGCGGGGCAAAUUCAAAUGCGGGGAACGUUGACGUUACACUCGCAGCGGUCUGA